GGGUAACUUUUUAAUAUCUUAUUGAUAUUCACAUAGCAUCUCAGCAAUAAAAAGAGCGAAGUAUGACCCUGUUCUCUCACACAAUCAAUUGUUUCAGCUCAGAUGUCCUGACCAAUAGCGCUUUCCCAUAACUUAACCACUGACGACUUCACUCGUGGAAUCGUUCUCAAAUCCGCUGACAUCAGCCCACAGGGCGCCGGGCCUCCGUAUUAGCGAUAACAUACACCCUACGAGUCUCACCUGCUAUAAGUAGCACGUCGGCUAAAACACUUGCAUAUCUUCACACACGCGUGCCGCCUGAAAUAGUCAACAAGGCGACGAAAGGGAUUCUAGCAUCUAAUAACAUACAUCUAUCGUCAUGGGCCUUUGGAAAGGACCUUCCUUUGGACAGUUCGGAAUUGAAUACUCUCAUCGCUUAACUGCCAGAAAUGCAAGACGUAAUUUUCUUUCGUUCCCUUCCCUAAUCCUCCUGUGGAGUUGACAGCUUACUGUUUCGACACAAGACAUGCACCAUUUUAACCUGAGUCUCACCACAGCGCUACUCCACCAUCCACUCUCCCCAUUCCCUCGCCAGCGACCCACCUCACCCCCAACGUUUGGUCCACAUUUCCCCUCUCACACUGCUCCUCGCUCGUCUCACUCUUCCGGCAACUCGGCAAACCGUCGUGAGACAAGCAUCCGGAUAUGACGUCUACGGUCCACUUUCAUGUUUCGACUUUCACGUUGCGGCUGUCACUAAACACCAGGAUCAAAUGACAAGGAGAUAAUAAAAGCGUGGACACCGACGAAAGGUAUAAAAGCAUAAUGGUAUGACCAUUCGCCGCCAAGCCAUAUCACCUUCUCUAAAGUUGCAGAACUAUUAUACAAGAGACUGCGACAAUGUUCGCUUCACAGCAGAAAGACCUCUCCUCUUUUACCAAGCCAACAAGCACAACAACUUCGACGCAGCCAUAUACUCAGGGAGAAGUCUGGCAUACCAAACCCAGUUUGAUCGGACGCAUAAACGAGUCGAUUAAAGACGCUGUGACAAGCAAGAAUAGAGAGGACAUCCUCUCGCAUGAGGAGAAACACCAAGGUACAGCCGAGACAAAAUCCGAGUUUGGAGAGCCUCUAAAAGAACCCUCUGGACCCUCCUCAAAUGCAACGCAAUCUUCAAUACACUCGCCUCCUCAUCCCAUUCCAUCACUCUCCACCGAUGUUGCUUCUCCGUCCAUAUCUCUCUCAGCCCAUCCGCUCCCUUCUUCAUAUUCAACUUCUCAAACUAUAAGUCUUUUCCCUCAAAACAAUGGUGAACAUAUCCAACACAAGGAACGGACCAUCCCCCUUCAUGCACCGCGUCCCGGAUUUUCAAAAUCUUCCAUCCUCGCCGAUAAACUCUGUCCAUUACUAAAAAGUAGUGCAAGUUUCGAAGGUGAUACUGGUACGACCGUUGAUAUGGAUGUUACGGCUGAAAAGGGAGAAGAGGAGCAGGAUAUUCAUGGAAAUGAUGAUGCCAGCGACAAAUCAACGUCCAACGAGGGACCCCACAGGCCUCUACCCUCCCGUUCAACCUCCAUUGCCACAGAGCGGUCUUCCCCCGAACUAUUCUCACCCUCGGAAACUACUUCUCUUGCUGCUGUGCUUUCUGAUCCUGGUACAAUCUCGCCAUUUGGUCCUCCCUUCGUUCAUUCAUACGGGUAUGGUGGUGGGAAUUCUCCGAGAUUUGGGACUGGGGUUGGGGGGCUGGGCGGGCUGGGAGGGGGCGCGAUAUUGCGUCCCGGUGUGUUUGGGAUGGAGAUGAUGAAUGAAGAGGUGGGAUUAAAAAGGCUGACACCGAUCGAUCCGAGCAAGUAAGAGGUGGAAAAUACGCGAUUUAUGAUUCGCCGAUUGAGCAACAUGACAUUGGCAAGACGACGACCAUCAUUGUAGCAUAAGUCUUUGUCAUGCAUUUCGUAAACCAUCC